UGGCUCGUGCACAGCAGCAUCGUGGGGCGGCGCCCAAAGUUUGAGGAGAUGGCCGGGGUGUUGCCACCCGGUUGGGGUGCUUAUCAAGAUGAUGAAGGUCGUACCUAUUAUGCAAACCCUGAGACUGGUGAAACCAGCUGGGAACCACCGGCACCACCUCCAUCUGACCUGCCAGAUGGCUGGACAGCCCACCAGGACCCCGAGACGGGCCGCACCUUCUACGCCAACGUCGCCACGGGCGAGUCCAGUUGGGAGCCUCCGGUGGUCGCGGACGCGCCGCCGCCGGCGCCGGGGCCGCCACCGGAGCCCGAGAAGCCGCCGGGCAGGUGGUCCGUGGACUUCACGUACACCAUCGGCCCAGAAGGCAACGAAGGGAUCUUUGAUGGAAAGGUGCAGCUGUUGGAUCGACAUGUGUACAACUCCGUGAGUGCCGCCGUCAACAACUUGAACGAUGGCCUUAUUGUGGUUCCCGAAGGGUACUGCGUGGUGUUCUCCGGUUCCAAACAAAAUUACUACCUACUUUGGCGAGAAGACAAGGAAGCCGAAGUCUUUUCUUUGCACUUGUCUCAGGAAAAUUGUUUGUUCCCACUUUCAUGGCAUUUCAUGGAAUGGCGAUGA